UUCAAUAUCAGUUGUGAUUGGGGAGUGCAAGUGAGGGUUGAACCUACUGCUGUAAAUUCAUCGCGGUCUUCUACUUCUCAACAACGGGUUCUCACGACUUGUAAUCUCCUUACAAAACCCAGUGCCCGAUGGAGUUUCUGUGGUUAUCUCUACUCUUGACACUGGUCGCACCAUCGCAACAAGCACGUUUCAUGUGGUCCAAAAGUUUAAAAGAUGGAGAUGAAAAUAUUGGAAGGGGUACAGUCAGUACAGACGGGCCACUCAACGUCGACUACGAUGAAACAAAUCCAUCAUCAAUCACAGAACAAAAUCCCUGCCUGGUGAAAUACUGCGCCAAAGGUCAGGAAUGCCGUGUGAGGUCUGGAGUGGCGAGGUGCGUUUGUGUCGACGACUGCCCACACCACAAAAGUCCGGUUUGCGGCUCUGACGGCAAACUCUACGAAAACCACUGCUCCUUGCACAGGGCGUCGUGUCUCCAGGGCGAAAGGAUAGCCGUAGACCAUUCUUUCACGUGCCUUCAAAAAGAUGAAAUAACAGAGAGGUCGGCAGUCGAGAUGUCCUCUACGGAAGCGUCUACGGCGAAAACUCCUCCCCCUGAAAUGGAUAUCUUGACGGAUGAUGACGGUAACGAGGACAAAACACCAGAAUGUUCUUUACAGAGAUACGACAUUAUGAAGGACAAUCUUUUGAAACAAUCCAAAAGUACGAGUGAAGAGAGGGUGAGGACGGGUAAAGAGUACCUCGUUAGCACCAUGUUUACCUACUACGACUUAAACCGGGACGAUCACCUCGAUAAAGACGAAUUGCAAAAGAUUUCUGAUCAAGAGCACUUGAACACCCUAUCCGAUGGAUGUACAUUGAGCGAUAUGCUUCGUUACGACGAUUCGGAUCAAGACGGUCUUUUAUCUGUCAACGAGUUUUAUUCGGCCUUCAGUAAGUUGUACAGCCUUUCUGUCGUAUCUUUGGACAAAGCUUUGGAAGUGAAUCACCUAUCUGCCCGGGUGGGAGACAAUGUCGAGAUCAAAUGCGACGUUUCCGGGACACCUCCGCCCCCUCUCGUCUGGAGAAGGAACGACCAGGAUCUUGCUCUGCUGACAGAAGAGGACGUCAGGGUGUUCGCGGACGGCAGUCUCUAUUUGACCAGGAUUCAGCUAUUACACGCUGGAAACUACACGUGCCAUGCUCAAAGAAAUACCGACAUCACUCAAACUCAUGUUCUUACGGUUCACACGAUACCGGAAGUGAAAGUCACACCGAGAAUACAGUCGAGGCGGCCAGGGGAAGAGGCUUCGAUGUUUUGCCAUGUCAUUGGCGAACCCUUUCCAAAGGUGGAAUGGUUGAAAAACGAUGAACCUCUUAAACUCAACCCGGGAAACAACAAGUACAUAUUAAUCGGAAACGGAACAGAACUGCGUGUACACAACAUAGCUUAUGCAGACACCGGUGCGUACAUGUGCCAGGCGACGAAUAUCGGAGGUGUGACCAGGGACAUUUCAUCACUUAUUGUUCAAGAAGAACCAACACCGACAGCACCUAACGAAGAAAGGAGAUUUUUCGCAUUUCAUGAUUGGGGAGUAUCUGUAUAUGAACCCAACGCUUGCAGACUGUAUCAUCAAAUCCAAUCAACUGAUAUCAUCCCCGGAACACAGGAGUAUGUUUGUGGCGAUAAAGGAGUUAACUGUAGCUGGGGUCAGGCGAUUAACGUUGCAAACCGAUAUGUCUAUGUUACACAGCCAAUGAAAGAUCGAGUGUUGGUCAUUAGUAAAAUACAAAUGGUUGUUGUCGAUGUUGUUGUUACUGAUAAACGCCCAGUAGCAUUACAUUAUGUGUCACAUUUGGACCAAGUUUGGGUCCUUAACUGGAGAAGCAGAACCAAUCAAGGUGUCAAAACAAUUCAGGUUAUUAGGGACGCGUCACAAAAAAGGAAACACCACACAGUCCAUCCAGAACCAAUUGACGGACAGUUUGAUCUUGUUAAAGAUUUAUUCAUGCCUCCAAUACAGGACAUGUCGCAUGUUUUUCAAUAUGGAUAUGUGUCACAUUCAAAUCAACGAGGACUUUAUAAAUUGGACUUGGCAAACAUGAGAUACGUUCGAAGUAUUGACCUUGCACCAUACAACUGCGUACCGAGAUCAAUGCAAUUUAGUGCUUUGUAUGGAUUUGUUAUCCUGGAAUGUGAGGAAGCCGUAACUGGACGACCAACAGGUCAGCUUGUAAUGGAUGCACUCACAGAUUCAAUCAUUUCCCAGAAGCCAGAAUUAACUGGUGUACCGAAAAUUGCACCAAACUCCAGGACAAUAGUUAACGUGUACAGUACUUCGACAGGAGUAACUUUGGUUGUUCAAAGUAUCACAGAAACCGGUCUUAAAUACAUGUUCGAUGUCAAUACUACACUGAAUAUCAGUGAUAUUACAUUUUACCCAUCGCAAACAACUCACGGAUAUGAUCUUUAUGCAAGUUCAGUAGACAAAGAGGAUAUCCUCUUCUUAAAUCUGUUGACAGGAAAAGUAGAAAUGAUAACUGGUGUUGGAAAAGCAAUGGAGCCUUCAUUAGCCCAAUGGGGAAAUCCAAAUAGAGUAAUUGCAGCGUCUGGCGUAUUUGGUCAUUUUAUGGUAACACCUGCAAAUGAAGCUCUUUUUGUGGUUAACGGAGAAAGUAGAACCGUUAACUGCGAGAUCGGUGGUCUCGUACACCCUAGAGCUGUUGUAUGGGUCACAAUGCACCUUCAAUAAAGGACCACACCAUGGAAAGUCAACCAACAUCAGGAAUUUUUCUAAUCUAGAGAGUGUAUACAUCUGUAACAUCUUAAACAAAUAUUGCUGGUUAACCACAUUGAAUCAAAGAUAUUCGUGUUUCACUUCCCAAUGCAUUGUAAAUAUUUUUUUAAUGUAAUGAAAAAUUCUUGUUGAUGUUGGUUCAUUUCUUUUAAAUUGAAACCAAAA